AUGGCCGAACCAGCCGCCUUCUCAGAAUCCAAACCACUCAUAGCAGCAUUCUCUUCCACCCCCAUCCCCAACCUCUCCCUCUCUGCAGCAGGUCUCCUCGCCCUCGCGGACCUUCACACCGUCGCCCAACGAACCGUCAUCACCGGCGGCUCCUCCUGGCUCGACGCCUUUGUCCUCGCACCCGGUCUGCAAUACCAACAGGCAGUCGAUGCACUCAACACCAACAACAAGGAACCGUCCCUCUCCGCCGUAUUAACAUCUCCAAAAGGCGGAAACGAAACCAGCUACUCUAUCAACAAUGCCGCCAUGGUGCAGUACAUCCGACGUCGUUGGCAGAAAGCAAGUCACAAUGGUGUCCUUACGCUCAACAUUGGCGUAGUGAAGUCCGGAACUGCAGCAGAACAAAUGGACUCAUUUAAGCGCGGCGUAUAUAAACUCAUGACACGACAAAAACCACUACACACAGAGAAAAAGAUCGAGAUAGACUGGCUAAGCCACGCGUUUUACCUCCUCAGUCCCGUGUUGACAAUCAUCGCCAGCAUAUUCAUGAUCCUCCUCGCAGAUUGGUGGGGACUAGCAUUCAUAAUCGCCCUCAUGGCAUCUCGCAUUCUAAACAUCUACUCCAUCAAGCAACGCUCGCGGCCAGCACAACUUCCUCAGAUAGAAAAAGACGACCAGGGCGAAUACGUAAUCGACCUGGGGAACGGCUCACGCAUCCUCCUCCGUGGUUUGACAUCAGACAUCCAAGCCGUGACGACGCAGAUGUGGCUUCGGCAGCAGAGCGUAGCAGAGAGUUACUUCGAGGCGGCCGCGAAGCUCAUUGUCUACCUGGUCGCGGCGUUUAGUGGGAACCAAACCCAGGCGGGGGCCAUGGUUCUCAUGGCGCUGUUAAUUACGAGCGCCGGAUUGCUGGGACUGAGUAAUGCCCAUGCGAGUGGGCUACAGAUGAAUGGCAGGAUUGCGAGAUUGCAGCAGAUGGGACAUUUAGCUGCGGCUGGGGAGGGGGAUAGGGAGCAGGGCACGCUGAAUGGGAGAUUGUUUGAGGAUUUGCCAAAGGAGUUGCUUGAAGGGGGUGAGGUGGGUGGUCAUGCGGCAUGA